GGAACUUAAUAAUACGAUGUCAUAAAAUUGGCUUUGUGCCAGUGGCUAUUCUAGGCGGGCCCGUUGCGCUAGCGCACCUCCAGUCACUCGCAGUCUCCGCUAGCCACGAACCGAGCCUAUCGCGGAACUUUUUAUACGUGCUUCCUCACUCGAUCGCGUGUCCUAAUAAAUGUUUGUUUUCCAAUAUUUACUUAAACAAUGGUGCUUUGUAAAUCGUGAUAAAAAGGGAAAUUCAAAUAAAUUUAUCUACUAAUAAAUUUCAAAAAGGGUCUGAAAGCAGUAAAUUAUGAAUUAUUUCUUGAAACCUAAUUUUUUUAAUCAAUUGGCAGUAUUGUUUUGUUAAAGAAUGUUUGUUUUGUUCGUAUCUAAACCAGCUCCGGUUUGAGUUAUCUCAUUCUGCAAGUUAAAGAAAUGAAAGGUACUAUUUUAAUCUGUGUUAUUUAAAAGCGGCAUGCACUACUGUCAACCCAUACUUACCUGAAUAGUUUAUUUGCUCUUACCAAUUUUUUUAUUUAUUAUUGUCACUAUUUGUUUAAAUAUAAUGUGCUUGCAACAUCAGUUUAUUUCCUUGAUUUUUAUUUAACACCCAAAAAAUCAUUGGGAUAGCGUUACAAGUAACAAUCUUACUUAUGCUAAUUUUAGUUUGGUUCAAUCUAUACUUUUUUACACAUAUUGAUUUGAUGCACAGCUAAUUUGAUUCUCCAUGAUGGAUGUCUAUUAAUGUAUUUUAUUAUUUAAAUUCUCAAAACAUUAAUAAAAUCAUUGCCACUUAUCGAUCUAUUUAUUUAUUGUCAACAACGAGUGAGAAGCGAGCCAAAAACCUCGUGAAAUAGAAAGUAAUUUAACAACGCCAAAGAAAAGUGUUUAAAGUCUCUCAUUCAUCACUCUUUGUAUGUGUAGUACACAAUGUAAUUAUGUAAUCAACAAAAAAUUGUUUGCAUUCAGCUGCCAAUGUCGUAUGAUUCUGUUUAAGUAACUGAUUUAUGUCACUCGAUUGUAAAUAAAUUCUAAACAUUUAAUGAGUCAAAUCGGUAAACGAGUUGAAUGUAUGCGCUCAAUAGUCAAAUUAAUAAUAAGAGCGGGAUGCAUGAAGCAUGUAGAUACCAUGCUUAUGUAACUACAAGACUUUUUUUCCUUUUUUCGUCUGGGUCUGUUAAUUCGAUAAAGCCCUAUGCGUGGCUAGGUCGUAAGGUUGUUACGUCACUGCGCCAGUGAGCCAGCUAGGUACUGUGUGGUUCUGGUUCCGAGGUGACCCCGCUAUGGCGACGAUGCCAACGUAUUGACGACAUCCUUAUUUUUAUUGGUUAUAUGAAUGAGUGCGACGACCGUGCCGCCUCCACAUCGAACUGUGCGUGUGGCCUCGUACUGUUUCUAUUUACAGUACUGCCAAACCACGCUCAAAGAAAGCUUUGCUCAGGCAAUAAAUAGCGGCAAAACAUCGUUAAAUAUUCAUCCAAUUCACUCUUUAGAAGAAGGUUCAAGAAGUGUUAUUGUUAAAAUUAAUGUAAAUAAAAAAAACCGUCAUGUUGUAACAACGAAACAAAAAAAGUAAAUUUGCUCUUUAAUGACGAUGCAGACGGGAGACCAUUCUCAGGAAUUAAUCUAAGAGGUAUGCAUUACAAAAUGUAGUGCUUCUAUUGAAUUGAAUUAUGUUCUCAUGAACAUAGUUCAAUCAAAUUUGGUGUGCAGCAGAAUUUUCUGCAUCCAAUCGCUCUUAUGUAACAUAAACAGUAAGACAAAAUACGCACAAUAGUAGUUCAGACAUUGUGUUCUAUUUUUUAGAUUAUGCGUCCACUAAAAAAAGCAGCCAAAGUCCAAAAGCACUUUCGCAAAUUGUUUUAUGCAAUGAUUAUUGUAUUUAUAGUAUUUGAACCUAUAAAAAUAAUAUUAGGCUCACAGCGAUGAUCGAAUUAAUUUGUAUUUCCGUUUCCGCUACAUUAUGAGAUUAAUCAUUUAAAAACAUAGUCUGUAUAAAUAUAAGACUGUAUAUAAUAUAAUACAAAAUAUUUAGAAGCAGCCUUCUAAUUAAUGACUGCAACGACUAUAGGUAGACCGCUUAACUGGUACCUUAAUUUCAGGUACAACAUUUGAAAGAUAUUAACUUAAACCGGUAGAAUUUCAAAGUAACAGUGUGUUUGAAGUUUCUAUUUGUUGAACGACUGUUUGUUAUACCUACUGCUUUAUUUGAAACUUAUUCCAAUUCCAAACUUUUCAAAAAUUGUCAUCCUUGUCUUAGCUUGAGUUAUGAUCAUAUCCCAGUGUGUAAAAGUAUUGGUAGAUUGUUAUUUAAUACUAAUAACAAUACUCACUUCAAAUUAUUUUCUUGCGUCUUUACAUUGAGCUUGGUUACUGAUGGAAAUUUUAUCGGAUUUAAUGACGUUUUACUCGUUAUCUAGAGCUGAUUACAUGAUUAUUAAGGGAGUAUAUUACAUUUCACAGUGCACGUAUACAGACAUAGGUGAAAGUGUUUGUUUAUAUGUUUGUUGUGAUGUGACGUUAUAUGAAUUGUGGGUACUUUAUAUUAAUAAAUGUAAGGAGUUUGCUAUCUAAGCAUGAGUGAGACUAAAAAACGUCUGCGCCCACGGCGUCGUGAUGAAUUUCAUGAAAAGAGACAGGAUCUACUUCUUACCUGGAGUGAAGAGGUGUGCAAUAGCGAGGAAGUGCCGGAGGUAGAGAUCGUUAGCCUUCUACAAGAGUAUAUACCGAAGUAUCGGUUACGAGCUGACAGCCUUACUGAGUUUGGAGGUUACGAAAAUCAAGACUGGUUCAUACCGUCGCCUGCGCUGCCUGUCAGCGACGCAGAUCUCCAGCUGACACCUGACCAGAUCAGGGAGACCCUAAAUUACUUCCUUCUAUGCAGCAACAGGGUGAGCCAAAUGACAAAAACCUACAAUGACAUCGAAGCGGUAACACGGCUCUUAGAAGAAAAAGAGAAAGAUUUGGAGUUGACUGCUCGCAUCGGUAAAGAAUUACUGACCACGAAUGGACGAUUGGAAUCACGAGUCACAGCUCUCGAAAGCGAUUUAAAAAGCGCUCGAGAUCUUAUCACCCAACUGAGGCACGAACUUAACGCCAAAUCGGAUUUGCUACAGGUUUUAACAAAUGACACAGAAGUGGAGAUCUCACCGACGGAGCAAGAGGCGGCCUGUGCGGCGGCACUGCGCAAACGCACCGGAGCGCUGGAGCGCGAGAACCGCGCCCUGCGCGACGAGGCCUCGCGCCUCGCCGCUGGCGCCGACAGCGCGGAGCUGGCGGAGCAGCAGCUUCUGCGCGAUAUCGCGCUGCAACUCAAUAAUGCCAAUUCGGAAGCGAACGCGCUUGGUUCAGAGUUGGCGGAGGAGAGACAGCGCAAUGCGGAUUUACAGCAUCAGCUCGAUAGCACAGGGUCGAGGCUCCUGCUCACAGAAAGAAAUUUGCAACAGCUAACAGCGGAACAUGAGCAUACUUUAAGGAUUUUAGAGAUCACAAAAGACAAUCAAAAUGCUCUUGCAGCUGAGUUGGCUGACACAAAGGAGCGGUAUGCUGAAGUGGCAGCUCACCUCGCCGAGGCGCAGGAACAGUUGCGUCAGUUGCGCAAGCGCGGCGAGCCGGUGCGCGGGCUCAUGCCCAGCGUGGCAGCGGCGGCCGGCCUGCUGCCCGCUAGCCUGCACCGCGAGAUGCACUCCUCCGUGUACUCCGAGCUCAGCCUCGAUUCCGGCAUCGGCGACCCGCUGGCACACUCAAGCAUGCAGAAAGUGUUUGAGACGGUGCAGUGCGCGUCACGUUGGUCCGGCGCGUCGCUCUCCGGUUCGGACGUGCCGGACGCGCCCAUCUCUAGCGCGAGCGCAACCUACCUGAAGCCGCCGCCCAAGCCGACCAGCGACUCCUUCUUCGACGACGCGUCCGACGUCGAGUCCGACGACCUGUAUCCAGGCGGGCCAGGCGUGGGAGUGCCGGGAGCGCCGGGCGCGGCGGAGUUAGCGGCGGCGUUGAGGCGACUCACGCCACAAGAGAUAAACUCGCGACGCGCCUCGCUCGCCGCAUCUCACAUCCUCAGGCAUAGGAAACACAAUGAGCGAGACGCGAGCGAAGAGAGUGCAGUAUGGGGCGCGGGCGCCGCGGGCGGAUUGGCCAGAUUCCGGGCGCCGCAUAAACUGCAAAUUGUGAAACCCAUGGAGGGAUCCCUCACUUUGCACACUUGGGCGCAACUGGCCAAGCCCACAAUGUCUGGUUUAUUGGAAGACCAAGAAGGAGUGGGCGUACGAGGUUCCCGGUCGGCAGCCGCUUUGGGUUUGCGGGUGUACCGAUUAUCAGACGUGGAAGAAGACGAUGACAUGCCUCGACUUCCUCACUCGAGUUACGUCUACACUUUUACGAAUAGUACCGUCCUCCAUCCGAACGACGGCAGCCUGGCGAGUUCUAACGUCAGCAGUGUGUGCAGUAGCGGCAUGAGCAGUCUAUCCAGUAGCGUUUUAGGAAGCGCGUGGAGUUCACGCCUCACGUCGCGCAGAUCAUCAGCGGCGGUGUCUCCUGUACUGUCGCGCAGGGAGUCCUUCUGUCAGUCAUCGAGAACACAUUGGUCGCCGACGGCAACGCCAGCGAACAGUCCCCUCCUCGGCUCGCCCGAAUCCUCCCCUCCCCCCACUCCCCGUCCAGGCGACGCGCCCCCCUCCCUUCACUCGUUAAUAGCCAGCGGAACCUCUAUCCUCCGCCGUAGGUAUCUCCAUUCGCCAGCAGCAGACGGCUCGCCCGCUCCGCUUGCGCUACAAACACCAGGCUCCUUAUACACUGGUCUCGUACAUCGCAGUCCGAUGGAGCAACUCACGUGCCUCAAGCGAACGCUACGGUCACCCGCAGCGCUGCCCCAAGAAAGACAAGACUCGAAGGAAACGCCUUUGGGAGUUCCCGCGCAUCCCGGCGAAGGCGCGUUGGAAAGCACACCGAGUUUGGGGCGACGGCGAGCGAGGGCCCCGCGACCUAGGACAGAUUUGGGGACAGUAGACGCCCCCCAGCCCCCAGCGUGCCCCGUCGCUCGAUCCUCCCCACUAGGUACGCUCAGUAUCCUCUUCGGAAGGAAAGGUGGCUUAUUAUAA